AAGCCGUCGUCGCCGAGCGUCUCUCUCCCUCGCCCAAGCCCUCUCUCUCACAUCGUCGUCCGGUGUCACAACCAACCGGCAUUUCUCCAAUUGUUUGACAACAAAACAUCAGUGAAGGAAUGCACACCAAAGUCCAUGAAUGGACCUUCAUUAGAGGUUGCCGACCAUCAGCUGGAGGCCAGCAUUCCAGAUAAGCCCAAGAAUAGAAAAGGAGGAGGAAGUCAAGUUUUGGCCAGAAAAAUGUGUUUUAAAAUGGACUAAUCUUCGAAUGGACAAUGUAUGAGUGUCUAGAGUCUGUGAACAUCGGGCCUGUUUCUUUGUUUCAUGGCCUCCAUUUUGUUUUAAGGGACCGGGAUACCCGCGCUGUCACAGAAAAAUAAUCGUCCCCCCCAACUAUCCUCUCUCUCUCUCUCUUUCACAUUCAAACAUAGACUUAUGAAUGCUAAACGAGCGGAAACUGCAGCAAAAUGACUGACAUGCGUUGCGGUUGCUAAAUCACACCCUAUGCGUUCGAAGCCGAUACAAAUAAUUAGAAAAUUUCCCUUGUUUUGUAGACCUAACCACAUGAUCCCAUCUCCUCCCGCUCGCCUCAGGAUGCUAGAGGAAAACAAACACACCGCGGUUAGGUCAACUUACCGGCAAAGGAAUCCUCCACUUCUUCGUCUGAAGCCAUUUUUAACGCGUCAAUGCUUUACUCAACCUCUAAACUUACGCCUGAGGAUAAAUUAUAUCUUAACAACAGUGUAUUUAGUAAAGAUUCACCGCGAACUGUACCCGCACAGCCCCGAUCGCAUCAUCACACUCGAGAGCGUAUCGACUUCACUGCGCAUGCGCACAAGUAAGUGCACUCCGCUCCCUCCGCCCCGCGGCUCCGCGGGAAAUGGGCACAGAUUAGAAAAAAAAUUGAACGUGAGGUAAAAAUGUUAGGAGAAGCCAGUGCGAAACCAGAUAGGAAUUGAUGAUGCUUUGCUGAAAUUCAGAAUUCUGCUUCAAUGCGAUCUAGAACACGCUCAGGAACAUUCUUUCAAGAUAAGGGAUAGAGUAAACAACCUCAUUCUUAUUCAUUACUUUAAAGGAACUACUUUUUUGUUCGCUAUCGAUUUACAGGAAAAGGAAGGCAGUAGCAGAGUAGCGGGUGGUUUAAAGGAUUGAAUUUAUUGGAAAAACCCAAUUCAAGAUUAGACUGCGGCUCUCGCCGAUGCCCCUUAUUACUUUCGGGUAUAUAAAGUUUAACGAGAAAACUUCCCUGGACCCAACAAAACCGGCUAUUGGGUAAACUCCGAAGUUGUGUAUCCCGUAUUUUUAAAAAAAUACAACCCUCUUUGACAAUAACAAAUAUUAGAAAAUUGCAAGAAAAUUAUAAGUGUGUCGCACCUUUCACAACUCCUGGUCUAAGAGAAAGUGUCUAGAAUUUCAGGUGGACUGUGGAGGGAAGAACAGUUUUGUUACAGUCAUCUUUGAAAAUAGACACAUCUAGUAGAUGGAGCGAGAACAGCAUAGUGCGGUCUGUGCGACGGUAUGAAUGUUGUCCAGCGACCAAAAAUUAGGAGAUGUAAAAGUGUGUCGUUCUACUCUCGGGUUUUGAGGCCACCGCGUCGGAAACAGUAGGUUGCUCGGAAUUUGAGUUUACAGACCUCGCCGUAGGUAGCAGCAUCGUCGCGAAAGUAGUUCCGUCGAAGCUCCGAGGGCUCCGAGGCGAGGCGUCUGGCGUCGUAGAGUACAGUCUCAACUAAUACAUUUUUCACUGACAUUACAAAUAGGACAGCUCACGUACGCACAUGAUAUGGGAGCCUUAAGCUUCACGAAUAGUUAAGCACUUACUUUCCGAAAUGAACUCUCCUUCUGUAACGUUUGCUGAGAGCACUUAUAAGCCGGCUACUGCUUCCCUCAUUUUUCAGAGUGAGUGUACACGUGUGUGAGAGAGAGAGGCCUACAGACAGAGGAAGAGAGAGUGAGACAAAGAUAUCGCGCAGGGGAGUGACAAAGAAAGAUAGCGUUCCGCUUUGAGGGACAGAGAGAGAGAAAAGGGGGGGAGGAGCGGAGAGACAGAGAGAGGAGGUAGAGAGGUGGAGGAAGAAGGACGGAAGUACGGAUACCUGGGCGGAUACGCGACGCAGAGAGACGGCAAAAGAGGGGUGGGGGAGAAGACAGGCCUAGAGAGAAAAGCCUAUGUAGAUUGAAAUUCGACAAUGUUCCGGAACCUUCGAGGAGAUGGUCGCAGACAUUGACUCGUCGUAGGAUGUAGGGAAGUCCGUCAGCCAGACUUCCGAGUCGCCAUUUGCGCUCUCUACAAUGCAUUAUCAUGCAACCCGUGGCGGCGGGCUCUGAUUCGAUUGUUUUGCUCGAACACUAAGAGGAAGUAAAACAAAAUUCGAAGUGACGAAACAGACUACGCAUCAGUCCCAGGUCAGAGGCUUAGCGUGUGCCGCGUUUGCCGUCCUCUUUGACACAAGACCUGAGCUGGGAGUUCCUUGGUGUGGGCGCACUUCCCCCGGGGGAAGGCCAACGCAAAGCGGCAGGUUGAGGUUACGCGGGAGCGCCAUGGGCGAUGAUGCCACGGUCCAAGCGAAGCCGCGACUGUCUCCGGCCGUCGGAGACCUUGGUGACCACGACAAGAAGGUCCCGGCGUCGUCGGUCGCCGCCAGUCGUUGCCCGCGUACCCGCGGGGACGCCCACACGCCUCCCGGGACAGCCCUGGAGAGGAAGAAGAGCUACCACCCAGAACUACGCCCGGCAUCUGACGCGGACGCGCUUGUGUCCGGCCUCGGUCACAAGAUGGAGCUCAUCCAUCUGAACCGCACGUGCACCAGCGUCGACCUGUCCGUCAGCACGGCCUCGUCGAGCCCGUCGCGGGGCCUCGCCUCGAGCUUGCGCCGCGCCAGCGACGCCAACCUCACUGACGAAGAGAAGGUUCAUAGGGUGCGACACCAGGUGUCCUUCGCCCAGGACGUCGGCGUGGACUGCUCGGGGGCGCGCUCCCUCCGGAGUGAGGACCUCGUCAGCGCGCUCAAGAGCCGAGUGAUUGCCGCCCAUUUGGAGGACAGCCUCCCAGAGGACCUUCCUGAGGAUAGCGACCAGGACGAGGAGGGCCCCGAAAGCGACACCCCAGACAACAACUCUUGCCAGGAAGACGACGACCAGGACGAUGUGCCGUACGAGUUCCUGGACACUGCAGUUAACCUAAGUCCAGACAACGACGCAGACUAUCUCGCUGUGCGACCGUCCCUCGCAUCCACCCAGCUCAACGAGGUCAGAGGACCAAACUAAUCGUUGUUAAAUGUAUGAGUGUGACAGUUGUGGUUUUGGAGUUGUUG